UACCACACUCUUGUAAAAAUGUGGAAGUACAUGGUUGCUUGUGCAACAAUUCUUCAAAAAUUUCUAUAAAUACUCCUCUAGUCUUUCCUAGUCUUACCAUCAUAUUCUCUCACACUCAUUUCUUCUCAAUUUUCUCUACUCUCCAAACACCUCCUUCUUCCUUCAACUGCAAUGGCUUCCUCCAAAAAGAUAAUCCUCAAGAGUGCUGAUAAAGAGCUUUUCGAGAUCGCCGAAAACGCAGCAAUGCUGUCUGAAACCGUCAAGAACAUUGUCGAAGCAAUCGGCGAAAGCAACGAUCCAAUUCCACUGAAAAAUGUGAGCUCGAAAAUUCUGUUGAAGAUCAUCGACUACUGCAACAAACAUGUUGAGGAAGAGAAUAAUGAUGUACUCAAGCAAUGGGAUGCAGAUUUCCUCAAUGUUGACCAGGAUAUUCUCUUUGAUCUCAUUCUUGCUGCUAAUUACAUGGAAAUCAAGAGUUUGCUGGAUUUAACUAGUCACUGUGUUGCUGAUAUGAUCAAGGAAAAGACACCUGAGGAUGUAAGGAAGCUAUUCAACAUCAAGAACGAUUACACACCUGAAGAAGAGGAAAAAGUUCGCAAGGAGAACCAGUGGGCUUUCGAUUGAUAGCAAUGGUCAUUUUACUCAUUUACCAGUCACAAACUGUGUUUCUGAAUUACCUGCAUAUUGCUGUAGUGUUGUAGUGCUGUAGCACAAACUAUGUUUACUGCUUUAUCAGUUUAUCGUAUCUACUUUCAAGUUUAUUACCAAGUA